GUCCAGUAGCUGGCGGCGUGAAGGGUGCUGAGCGCGUGCGUGCUGGGGCAGCCUAGAAAAAGGAGCUGCCGGCGGGCUGAAGUGAAGACAUGGAGCAGGGUUACGGAGGCUAUGGGGCAUGGGGCGCUGGGCCCUCCAACACCCAGGGUGCCUAUGGACCUGGUGUGACCAGCUGGCAAGGUUAUGAAAACUACAGUUAUUACGGAGCCCAGAACUCUGGUGCCCCCACGGGAGCAGCGUACAACUACGGCCCGGCCUCCUGGGAGGCCAAGGCCAGCGAUGGGGGCCUGGGGGCUGGGGGCCCCGCCUCCCACAUGGCCUCCUACGGCCCGGAGAGCUGUGCCGACAGCUCAGACUCCCUCAUCGCCAAGAUCAACCAGCGGCUGGACAUGCUGUCCAAGGAAGGCAGCCGGGGCGGGAGCGGCAGCAGUGGGGAGGGCAUGCCAGACCGGGAGAGCUCUUUCCGCUUUCAGCCCUUUGACUCCUACAACUCGAGGACUUGCCUGCCGGACCACAACCCCUACCGCUCGGGCUACAACUACGACUAUGACUACGGCUCCAGCCGGGACGGCGGCUUUGGCACUCAGUACGGCGACAGCCGGGACCUGGCCCGUGACCGGGGCCCCCUUGAGGGCUUCGCGCGGGGCCGGGGCCGCUUCCAGGACCGGGGCAGCCCUGGUGCCUUCCUGCGCGGCGACCCCUUCCUGCCGCCCGCGGGCCCCGAGCCCCUGCCAGCCCCCUGGAGCGAGCUCAGCUAUGUGGGCGGCCGGGGCCUGAGUGGGCCCUCGCAGAGCAGGCCGCUGCCGCCCCUCUUCUCCCAGGCCCCGGCCCCAGACUUCGGCCCUGGGGGUCUGCAGGGCGCUGGCAGCUUCGACGGCCCUGGGCCCUAUGGGUGCGGCCGAUCCCAGGCCCGGAUGCGGGAGCUGCCCAGGCGGAGGAGCUUCGACCGCUGCUGGCCAGAUACCAUGGGCAGGAAGCGGAAGCAGCUGCUAAUUUACGAGGAGCCAGACGCCAAGCAGCCCAGGGCUGACAGCGAGGGAGGCUUUUCUGACAACGAUGACGCAGCUGGGGACUUCCGGUCGGUAGAUGAAGAUUUCAGGGGUGAGGACGAGCUGUGUGACCCCGGGCAGCAGAGAGGAGACAAGGACGAUGAGGAUGAAGACACAAAAAAGAGGAGGGAGAAGCAAAGGAGGAGAGACAGGACGCGGGACCGGGCCGCAGACAGGAUUCAGUUUGCCUGUUCCGUGUGCAAGUUUCGUAGCUUUGAGGAUGAAGAAAUCCAGAAACAUCUGCAAAGCAAGUUUCACAAAGAGACGCUGCGGUUUAUAAGCACCAAGCUGCCCGACAAGACGGUGGAGUUCCUGCAGGAAUACAUCGUCAACAGGAACAAGAAAAUCGAGAAGCGGCGUCAGGAGCUGAUGGAGAAGGAAACCACAAAACCAAAGCCAGAUCCCUUCAAAGGCAUCGGCCAGGAGCACUUCUUCCGGAGGAUCGAGGCGGCACACUGCCUGGCCUGCGACAUGCUGAUCCCCGCCCAGCCCCAGCUGCUGCAGCGGCACCUGCACUCGGCCGACCACAACCACAACCGUCGGCUGGCUGCUGAGCAGUUCAAGAAAACGAGUCUCCACGUGGCCAAGAGUGUCCUGAACAACAGGCACAUAGUGAAGAUGCUGGAAAAGUACCUCAAGGGUGAGGACCCUUUCACCAGUGAAGCUGUCGACGCAGAUGUCGAAGGGGAUGACACCUUGGGAGGUGACGAGAAGGAGGAGACACCUGAAGAGGUGGCUGCCGAGGUCUUGGCUGAGGUGAUCACAGCAGCUGUGAAGGCCGUGGAUGGGGAAGGGGCGCCGGCUCCAGAGAGCAGCGAGGCACUGGCCCAGGGGAACGGCCCCGCACAGCUGCUGGCAGAGGAGACAGUGGCCUGUGGAAUGGCAUCACAGCAGGAGAGUGCCGACGCAGGGGCCAGGGGUGAAGGGGAAGAUGCAGGGGCCGGAUGUGAAGGUGAAGAUGAAGAUGCAGCGACUGGAAGCGAAGGUGAAGGUGCAGUUGCUAGAGAAGAUGCAGGGGCUGGAACUGAAGGUGAAGAUGCAGCGGCCAGAAGUGAAGGUGAAGGUGCAGGGGCUGGAGAAGAUGCAGGGGUUGGAGGUGAAGGUGAAGAAGGUGCAGGGGCCAGAGGUGAAGGCACAGACACCAGGAGUGAGCUGGAGGCACCAGCAGCUGAGGCUGAAAGCUCCGAAACAGUCACAGCAGCCACCCAAGCUGCCGCGGAAUCUGAAGCAGAACAAACAGACGCCAAGUCCCAAGACGUCCCUGCCCCAGAAUGAGCUUCGUGGCCGUGUUUUGGGGACGGGUCACGUGCCGCCUUGCUCCCUCCUUUGUUGAGUCAGGACUAGGGUGUGUGUUGAUGGACAUGCUGUCGACUCACCUCGGGAAGGGCUCCGGCUGGGUCCUUGGGGCAUGUGCGCCUCGGCCCGUCAUCCCAAGGGGCUGCAUUACCCUGUGGCUGGAACCAUCCAAGUUGGGCAGUUUGAUCUUGGCAGGGCACUGCUGCUUCCACACAGCCACUGGCUGGAUGCCCUGUUCUUCCUUUACAUGUUUUGUCCGGGAGCAGCUCAAUACCGAGAACGUAUCUUGCUUUAUAAAGGAUUUUUUUUUCUUUUGUUUCCAGAAUUUGCUUUGGCUUCAGUUUUUAGCAACCCCCUCUUUGUGCCUCUGUGCGAGGCGCCCUGCCCGAUGUGCUGCGUGGGGUCUCGUUCACCUCAUGAACCCCCGAGGCCUGUGGGCCGUGACCCCCCAGCACCCACCCCACUCUGAGGACACAGGUGCGUGGCGGAAACAGCUUCGUUAGUGUCUCCCAGUCUUCAGUCCUCAGCGAAUCGCAUCUACAGUUUUACCUCAUCCACAUUCCGGUCUCCGUGAUUUUUUUUCUUUUAAAUUGAAUUAUUUCCAUUUCAGAGUAUUUACAGAGAAAACCCAAGAUCACUACCAUAAAUGGAAAACCAGUAAUUGCCGUAGGUAGAAGCUAUCAGGAAAAAGUGACUACAAUGAAAUAAAAAUGUCCCGUGAAAAAGGGAGGCUGACACGUGCUGGGGGGCACACACGGGGGCUUCUGGAAGAUGGCCUUUCCCCUGUGAGAAAGCCCCCAUUUCACAUUGCGGUAAAAUGCUGGUGAGUGGUAAAUUGCUAGAAAAGAGGCAAGUAUUUCAUGAGAAUCUACUGUGUACCAGGUGCUAAUUCAUGAUCAAAAUGUUUUAAGAUAUAGACCCUGCCCUCACGUUCAUCAGAGCUGUGAGCAGAACCUCUAUGAAAAAAUCAACAUUAGAACUAAAAAGUGAAAUAAACUGCUGUAGAGCCAAGGCAGCGGUGCCUCCGAGUU